GCGCCAGGUUGUUUCAACGAUCACGGAACUCCAUUCCGAGCCUGCCGUGACGCUACCUUUAACCUGUCUGCUUUGCUUUGCUUGGCAUUUUCCCCCCAAAUAGAGCCAAAUAGAGAGACUGUAACUAAAACCCCUAGGAGAUCAAGACCACCAAAUCGAAAUUGAUCAUCUUGCAAUUCAGUCUGUAGAAGAAGAGAUAUGGAUAGCGAGAAGACCGAAAUCUAUCACGAGAAGCAGAAAUUGCAAUUUUGCCUCUUACAUGCCCUCAACAAUCUCUUCCAGCAACAGGAGGCAUUUACUCGAGCGAGAUUGAAUGAAAUUUCUGGGAAACUUGUUCUUGAUGAUCCCAGCAAAAAGACUUGGACACCAUUGUCUAUAGUCUUCAAGCCCCACCAUAAUGCUUUUACUGGAAAUUACGACAUUAAUGUUUUAAUUGCCGCUCUUGAAGAGAAAGACAAGACUGUUGUCUGGCAUGACCGGCGGAAUGCAGCUUCCACUAUUGAUCUUGAUGGGGCUGAUGAUAGUUUGUUUGGUAUUGUCCUCAAUGUUCCAGCUAGACGGUAUGCAUUGCUUUGGAAGGGUAGGCAUUGGAUUACCAUGAGAAAGAUUGGUGGGGUUUGGUAUAACUUGGAUAGUGAUCUUCCUAAGCCUAUGCCCUUUGAAGGUACUCGAGAGGUUAGGGGAUAUUUGGAUUAUGUUCUAAGUAAUGGUGGAGAGGUUUUGCUUGUCAUGAACAAGAAAGAGUGAAUCUUUCUUUUCUUUUAAGUUUUGGGUUGGGGGUAGAAGUAGAAACUUCGAAUGUCUAUAAUAUGUCUAUAAUUGUAAACCAGUUCUCUUGUAAUCACACAGAGUGAUUAAAAGAGAGUUUUGAAGAAUUCUGUAUGUUGAUGUAUGUGUGUUUUUUUCA